CCCGACUGCUGCUACUUCCGUCGGAUUGUUUUAAACGUCGAUGGUGUCGAGCCCAUGAACCUGGCCAGUCUAAGCGGGGAUGCCGGCGGAAGCCAGCUCCUCUUCGCCAACUUUAACCAGGACAACACGUCUUUAGCUGUUGGCACCAAGUCAGGAUACAAGUUUUUCUCACUGUCCUCUGUGGACAAACUGGAGCAGAUAUAUGAAUGUACAGACACAGAGGAUGUGUGUAUCGUGGAGCGUCUGUUCUCCAGCAGCCUGGUUGCCAUCGUCAGCCUCAAGGCCCCCAGGAAGCUCAAAGUCUGUCACUUCAAGAAGGGAACCGAGAUCUGCAACUACUCCUAUUCCAACACCAUACUGGCUGUCAAACUCAACAGACAGAGGCUGAUCGUGUGUCUGGAGGAGUCGCUUUACAUUCACAACAUCCGAGACAUGAAAGUGCUGCAUACCAUCAGGGAAACUCCUCCCAACCCUUCAGGGUUGUGCGCCCUUUCCAUCAGCAACGACAACUGUUAUCUGGCCUACCCCGGCAGCACAACAAUAGGAGAGGUUCAAGUGUUUGACACAGUUAACCUGCGAGCGGCGAACAUGAUUCCAGCCCACGACAGCCCAUUAGCAGCAUUGGCUUUUGAUGCUAGUGGAACCAAACUGGCCACGGCCUCAGAGAAGGGCACGGUCAUUCGUGUCUUCUCGAUUCCAGAAGGACAAAAGCUCUUUGAGUUUAGAAGAGGAGUCAAGAGGUGUGUGAGCAUCUGCUCAUUGGCAUUCAGCAUGGAGGGCCUGUACCUGUCGGCCUCCAGCAACACAGAGACAGUCCACAUCUUCAAGUUAGAGACGCAGAAAGAGAAAUAUGUGCCAGCUGAGGAGCCCACCACAUGGGGAGGGUACCUGGGCAAGGUUUUGAUGGCCUCCACCACCUACCUGCCCUCCCAGGUUACGGAGAUGUUCACACAGGGGCGAGCCUUCGCUACCGUCCGUCUGCCCUUCUGUGGACAUAAGAACAUCUGCGCCUUAGCUGUGAUUCAGAAGAUUCCCCGGUUGUUGGUGGCAGCAUCUGAUGGUUAUCUGUAUCUUUACAACCUGGAUCCACAGGAGGGAGGGGAAUGCACGCUCAUGAAGCAACACAGGUUAGAUGGAAGUACUGAGCCACACAAUGAGAUCCUUGAGCAGGGGACACAUGACCGCCCACUUGUGGCCCAAACCUACAGUGCUGCAGUAACUAAAGGUUACUGCGAUGAGCAAGGUGCCGUCGGAGGGGCCGGGCUAGAAGAUGACCUCAACGACUUGCGUCUAGACGAGGAGAACGAGCAACCACCGCUCAUCCUGGAAACUGACUGACUUCACGGACGGGUGUACCCACCAAUCAGAGGGCUCCUCUGGUGCUGCUAUGUGACACAAGGGGGGCAGGGGCAGGAUCAAAGACUGGGAGUGUUUUUAAAUGCUCAAAGUGUUCAUGAGCCUGUCUGUGAGUCCGUCUGUGCGUUUGUCCGUUCACAUACAUUUCGAUCUUUUUCCCCCCUCUCCUUCCUGCGCUUACUUUUCCCUCGGUUUAGCCUCGUAGGCCGAGCUGAAGCUUUGCAUGUACAUGUGCCAACCGCUAAAAACAUGCUCCAAUGUGAAUUCAAGUAUCCGUGAGUGUGUGUUGGACAUUUGAUCAAAACAUUAAUGUAGCUGUGUCUCCACUUAAGACACACACACACACUGACGCAAGCACUGUGUUAAAUGAAAGUGAUGUGUAAGUGCCUCGCUGCCCCAGUGUCAGGGUUUCUUCUGUUUGAGAGGGGGAUCUCUUUUCAUUGGCUCAAUAAAAAUCUGUUUUCAAGUUGUCGAAUUUUAACCGAGGGUGUGUUUAGUAUCUUUUUUUUUUUUGACCCCUUUUCUUUCUCACACACAUUCACACAAUCUGUGGCGUGAGUCCUCCGGCUCAACUUGACCCCUCAAUCGAGUAAUAUGAAGCCUUUGGCAUGAGGCAGAAGUGUUUGCGGAUUGAAGUGUGUGUGUUUGUGCGCUCUGGCUGAGACCUCAUUUGUGUGUUUGCGCGCUGGGCAUGUACAUUAGCAAACACUGCAUAAUUAGCCUCCACGUGCCCCCCCCCCCCCCCCCCCCGACCUCUUCCAAAAUCAGGCUCAGUAGAACCCCCUCCUCCUCAGGCCUGCAGUCAUUGGAUGAUUUCAAACACUGAUAUUAAUGAUCUUUUAAAAACUACAUAACCAAUCAUAACCAAUGAUGUGUCAUGAAAACAUGCAUGGUGGUGUUGCCAUGGUACUUUGUCCGUACAUCAAAGACGUUUGGGUGGUGAUGAUUUACUCUGUACAUUAUCAGAUGUGGAAAGAUAUCGCUGUACCAUAUUAUCAGGUUAUGACCAUGGCUUGUGCACUCUCUGCAAUGAUGUGUGUGUAUGUGUGGCCAUGGAGUGAACUGUGGAUUAUCAUUUGAUUGACCUGGAGCUCAGGCUGAGCGUCAUCAACUGGUCCAGGAUGCUGCAUGGUUCCCCAUUAAUCCUGUGGUGUCUGAAGCUGCUACGCAAGGAUUAGCCAUGGGAUUUUGGAGUGUCAGGCAUUUUCUAAUGAUUUUGUACAAAAUGUGAAAGUUCAUCUGAAACAAAUGAAAAUAAAUUCCAUGUUGAUGUUUGAAA